CUUCAUCUUUGUUUACUUGUUUUUAUUUAUUUGUAUCGUACUUUUUUUUUUAUUAUUCAAAAAAAAAAGUAAACAAAAGAUCAUUAUUUUGAUUUUAUCAACAAACCAAUCUACCACGUCUUCAGUAAAAAAGUUAUUGUCAUCACCGAAGCCACAUACACAGGUUUCUGUGCUCAUCCCUUUCCGUCCUCCUUAACAUCUUUACUUUAUAUCUCAAAUCAUGGUAGCAGCUCUUACUAUCAAUCAUGACGACACCACAUUGAAUGCUUGUAUGGCCGGUGAAAAUUAUUCUGCUCAAGAAGGUGCUUUUGAAGGACCAGAAAAGUUAUUGGAAUUAUGGUUUUCACCAUCAUUGACAGAUAUGAUGGAUCAUCAACAUGUUGACUCACCUCGUGGCUUAUUGGCGGUGCCCCGUGCGGUUUGGGAGGAUAUGCUAGCUCUUGUCAAAUGUACUGUAUUAAAUGUUAUUCAACAUGAUCAUGUGGAUGCUUAUUUACUCAGUGAAUCAUCCAUGUUUGUUUAUCCUCAUAAAAUGAUCAUCAAGACUUGUGGAACCACAACAUUAUUAUUGGCUUUACCUCGGAUGUUGGAAAUUGCAAAAACUUUUUGUUAUUUUGAUAAAGUGUGGAGAGUAUUUUAUUCUCGUAAAGCAUUCAUGUUUCCUGAUCGUCAAACUGGACCACAUAAAUCUUGGGAAAGUGAAGUGACAUUUUUGAAUCAAUUUUUCGAGGAUGGAUCGGCUUAUAAGAUUGGGAAAAUGGCAGGUGAUCAUUGGCAUUUAUACACCACCAAACCAGCAGAUGAUGUAUUAUUACACCAACGAACCUCAUCCCAUGUUCAAGGUGAAUUACUUGAAUGUGCUUAUCAAAGUGGCGAAUCAACACCUGUAGAAAGUACAUUUGAAAAUAGUUCUUCCGUUCCUUCUGAUCAAACAAUAGAAAUCUUGAUGACUCAAUUGAAUCCAAAGAAUAUGGAACGAUUUUAUCAACAACAAGGUAUGCCUGUUGGGAUUCAAGGUGGAAAAUUAGUGGAUGAAAUGACAGGGAUUGAUCAAUUGUAUCCUUCGGCCGAUGUGGAUUCUUAUCUAUUUGAACCUUGUGGCUAUUCUAGUAAUGGAUUAUGGCAAGAUCGAUAUUUUACUAUUCAUGUUACGCCGGAACCUCAAUGUUCUUAUGCAUCCUUUGAAACAAAUAUACCCGUGAUGGAAUCUCAUCCUUCUUGUAAAGAUGAUCCUAUUGAUCAGUUGGUUAAACAAGUGAUUCAUAUUUUUGAUCCUGCUUCUUUUACUGUUACUUUUUUUACUUCUCAUAAUAUGAAUCAACAUAAAAGGAUGAUUCAUUCUAUGAGUCAAAAACAAGGUUAUAAACGUACUGAUAGAAUUUUAUAUGAAUUUGAUGGUUAUGAUCUUGUUUAUGGACAUUAUGUGAAAUUAGAUAAAUAAUACUAAUAAAAUGAUUCUCUCCUCAAAUGCUUC